AUGCCCGCUAGGAAGCGCGCCCGCCAGGAGGCCGACCUGGACAGCAGCAUUGUCGCCGUCGAAAAGGCACAACCCCAUAAUGAGACACUGGAUCGCCUUCGGAACAUGUGGCAGUUUGCCGCCCUCAUGCAAUACAUGUACAUCUUCGGCAAACCCGUCAAGAUUGACCCCGAGUUCGACAUGGAGGAUCUGGAGCAUGAAUGUUUGAGACCCGAAGCAUCCGAGAAGCUGGCAGAGAUCUGCCUUACCCUCCUCAAAUUCGUCUCAUCACACAGAGGCCUGACCUACGACAACUAUGAUGAAUACACCCGCCGCCAGUUUGUCGCCAAGGCUCCUUCGCGAAACCCCUACGGCGAUGAAGAAGAGCCCAACAAGUUUGCCGAGUUCGACGUCUUCACAAAGAUCCGCGUGCUGCACCAACUGUCAACAUGGACCCUGAACAAUGCAGAGCGCAUGCGCGGUUUGAUGGAGGAGAAAGACAGCGAGCAGACGCAAUGGCGCAUCGAAGAACUCGGCUGGGACUCUCAGGAUCGCUCCUACUUUGUACUGGACGAUGAUCGCCUAUACCGUCGCACCGAGGCACCGUUACCACCUGCACCUACCCCGAAGCCGAAAGCAAAGGCAAAGGCCAAAGCACGCAAGUCACGCGGCUCUCGUGCUAGCAAACGCAUCAAGCUCGACAACUCCGCUGAAGACGGCGAAGCUGAGGAAGAGGAGCAGGACAACACCGAGGCAGAAGUCAAGAUUGAUGAGCCAACUGAAGAGGACGGUUUUGGCGGAAUGAAGUGGGAAUGCAUCGCCGUCACCCACGACGAUUAUAACCUUUUCCUGGAAUCUCUGCGUAAGAGCCGCGACCCGAACGAGAAGGCACUCGUCAAGCGCAUCAACGAACAGAUUAUGCCAAUCCUCGAAAAGCGAGUCGAAGCCCAACGUCAAAAAGUGCUCAAGAAGCAAAGAGAAUUGGAGAACUUGCAGAAGAUGGCCAGCGCUAAGCGCUCAAGCAGACUUGCUGGCAAGGCCGAGGCAAGAAAGGCUGAAGAAGAGGCAGCUGAGGUGGAGAAGCGAAGACAGGCCGAGCUCGACAUGGCUCGCAAGGAGCAGCAGAGACAGAGCAAGAUGGAGCACGCUCGCGAAUCGCGCAUGCUUACCAGAGAGCAACGACUCAAAGAGCGCGAGGUCAAGCGCAUCCUCCAUGAAGAAGAACUUCGCAAGCUCGAGGAAAACCAGAAGAGCCUCGAGGAGGGUAACGAGAUCGAAGGCCGUCUGUCAGAGCGUCACCUUAAGGCGGAGAUGGAAAGACGACAGAAAGAGUUGGACGCCCUGGCCGAAGAGGAGGGUGAAUGGAUCUUCGAUUGCGCCGUUUGUGGCAAGCAUGGCCAGAACUACGACGACGGCACACACUCGAUUGCAUGCGAAAAGUGUAAUAUCUGGCAGCAUUCGAAGUGUCACGGCAUCGACGAAAAGGACGCAGAGAAGGACGACUUCCACUUUGUCUGUUCAGACUGCGAGAGAAAGCCUAAGCUGCCACCGUUGCACCUGCAUUUCCCAGGCCAGAAGGGAGCUGCUCCGGAAGCACCUCGCGGUCGUCCUCUUGAAGCCGUCGAAGUCAGCACAUCCACUCCACGCUCCGCCGCCCGACACUUCAACCUCCUUGACGGCCCAUCGCUCUCGCCUUCUGGUCAAAGCCCUGGCCCACCGGGAUAUCACCGCCCUGCUGGAGCUCCUCCAGUCGGCGUCCCUCAGCAGGCUUGGAACGGUACCACCUUGCCGCCGCCUGCACGCCCAGCAUCGAACUACAGCAGUUCCCCUCCACCUCCCACACAAAAGUCCAACGAUGGCGACCUCUCCAACUUGCAUGCUCAAGCUCACGCUGGCGCUGUCUCAGCACAUUCGGUCCCUCUGCCAGCGCUUCAGCCCAACGGCUUGCAGAUGGGCCCUCCGUCGCCCACCAAGGGCUCACGACCAUCAUCGUCGCACGGACUUUCAGAGCACCGUACUAAUGGCUCAGCGACACCCCAUCACCACCGCCCGUCGAGAAACAGCCUUUCACCCUCUAGCCAGCGUCUCUUCCAAAGCCCAAACACCUCCUUCCCUCCUCCCGCCCUGCCACAGCAACAACAACGCGCCGCCGCCCAUUCGCCCACAAAACAACCCAGCUCCUCGCCCUCGCACGCUCAAUCCUUUCACACUCCCGCAGCAGCAAACGCCACACCCUACACAUACCAACACACCACCACCGCAACACCCGCCUCAGCUGCGACAAACAUCCUUCGCACAGGCCCUCAUAUGCAAAGCUCACCCCUGCCUCCCCUCCCGACCGGCAACACACCUCUCAUUCCUACCAAACACGAUACCCCUCGCCCCAUCAGCAGAGACAGUAUGGCCGAGACCCCUGUGGUGCCACCAAUUACGGCAUUGAGCCCUAGUCCGGCCAUCUUCAUGCCCAUGCCUUCUGCACCACCCGAGGGCGUGGAAGGUGUAGAGACGUCGCUUGGUGUAGGCAGCGUCCCAGUCAAGAAGAUGCCGCCCAGUGCUAGUCAAGAGAGCGACGGCGACAUCAGUAUGGCUGACAUGUAA